AGAACUUCCGCCACCACAGAGAGAAGCAGCCGGUGAUCAUAAUACAAACAAUGGGCAAGAAGCACAAAAAGCACAAGUCCGAGAAACACGGAUAUGAAGAGUAUGGAGAGAGACCGCUGAAGCUGGUGUUGAAAGUCUCUGGGAACGAAGUGACGACAGGUAGCUCGAGUCGGGACACUUUUUAUGACGACCCGGCGUCCGACUUUGAAAAACCUAAAGACAAGAAGAAGAAAAAGAAGAAGGAUAAAGAUAAGAGCUUUGGCUCACCAGAGGACACCAAAGUAAAGAAAAAGAUGACAAAGAAGAAGAAAGGACAGGAAACAGAUGGAGAUGAUGAACGGAGCAGAACUCCUAUACGUUCAGAGCUGGAUAGACUGGAAGAAAAGGAACAAACUCCUCUGCAGGAAGCUUUGAACCAGCUCAUCAGGCAGCUCCAAAGGAAAGAUCCCAGUGCAUUCUUCUCGUUUCCGGUGACGGACCUCGUCGCUCCUGGCUACUCUGUAAUUAUCAAACGGCCUAUGGACUUCAGUACAAUAAAGGAAAAAGUCAAGAAGGAGUACUAUCAGUCGUUGGAUGAAAUCAAGGUGGAUUUCAAGAUUAUGUGUGAAAACGCCAUGAUUUACAACAAACCUGAGACAAUUUUCCACAGAGCAGCUCGGAAACUGUUGCACUCUGGGAUGAAGAUCUUGAGCCAGGAGAGACUGGAGAGUCUGAAGCAGAGCAUAACGUUCAUGUCCGGCCUCGACCCUUCUGAUGAAAAGCCGGGCACCACCAAGGAGCAGGGGGGGGGCGCCAACAUGGACCAGAACAGAGAGGGAGCCUCGAGCACCAACACCAGCGAGAGGCCCCUGACCCCCAGAAAGGAAAAGGACUCCAAGGACGAAGCGGCAAAGGCAGAGAAAGAACUGGAGGAAAUCCGCAAAGUCAUCACGGAUUCUGGAGGAAAGCUGUCCAGCCGAGUGCUGCAGAGCGAUUUGGAGUUUGCGAGGCGGAAGACGGACGGCUCGACCACUCUGGCAGUCCUUAAUCCAGCUGAUCUGGCAGCAGGAGAUGUUGGGUUCUGUCCUGUGAAGCUGGGCAUGAUGUCCAACCGGCUGCAGAGCGGCAUGAACUCCCUGCAGGGCUUCAGGGAGGACAAGAGGAACAGGAUCACUCCAGUGUCCUACGUCAACUACGGGCCGUACACCUCCUACGCUCCGACCUACGACUCCAGCUUCUCCAACAUCAGCAAAGACGACUCGGACCUCAUCUGCUCGCUGUUUGGAGAGGAGGCCGGCCCUCUACCAGACAGCAGUUUGAAAGACUUCCUGGCCAAAUCAGACGAGUACGUUUACAAAAUGGCUGACAAUAUUCUGGAUGCGCUGACCAACGGAGAGCAUUCAAAAUCCCUGAAGGAGAAUCAACAGGUGGAGGAGACACCAAAGACCCCAGAGAACACGGUUGACAUGAAGGAAGCUCAUCCCGUAACCCCCGACUGCAGCCGGCUGGACUUCCUGCUCCCCACAGCUGAGCGGCUCUCUGGGGAGGCCCGGCACUUCCAGGAGAAACUGGACGAGACUACAAAGCUCCUGCGUGACCUACAGGAAGCUCAGAGGGAGCGCCUGAGCGCCAAGCAGCCGCCCAACAUGAUCUGCCUGCUGGCCCCCACCACCAAGGAGCUGGAGCUGGCGGAGAAGGUGACGGGGAACCUGGCGGCGCUGACGGGUCAGGUGGCUCCGUGUGACGUCAGCAGUGUGUACGCCAUCCGGAGAGCCAUGGGCAUCUCCGUCCCUCUGGACCCCCCCGGGCCCUUCAUCGACCUCACCACAGUGCAGGAGACGGCUGAACCAAUGGAGACGGAUUCAGUUCCAAUCAUCGCUGUUUAAUUAAAUUCCUCUCAACUUUUACAGUUAUUACGUUUUUGUACGAAAGGUGCUUUUUGUGUGACAUUUGUAUGCAUUUCAUUCAAUAAACCUCGGCUCUUGUGCAUCAAA